CAAAAAACACCGGAUAUUAAGUAAUUGUAUGUUUAAUAAAAGUAAUUGAUAUGAAGUACGGCAUGAAUACAAUUCCUUAGGACAUUCAGUUUGAUUAAAAGAAAUAUAGUAAUUCGGAAAUUGAAUCUUCAAGACAUCAAAAUGGAGUAUCUAAAAUACCAUACACUACUUGGUAUACUCUUAAUGAGUUACUAUACCAUAUCAAAAUUAAUAUUUGAUAAAGUUUUCACCACAUUACCCGUAAUAAUAGAUGAAUUGUACCAUUUACCACAAGGGAUGCUGUACUGUAAGGGUAAUUUUUCGUAUUGGGAUCCCAAAAUUACAACAUUACCAGGCCUGUAUUUAAUUUCAUCUCUAAUAUCACCGUUCUUCCCUUGUAAUACAUAUAACUUGAGAUAUGUUAAUCUGAUUGCGUCUUGUAUCAAUUUAUUGUUAUUUUCAUCGUUAUUGCAGUAUAUUUACGGUAAAAAUCAUGAUAAUCCUUUAAAAAUAGUGUUGCAAGCUGUUAAUUUAACUAUUUUACCUCCUUUGUAUUUCUUUUCACAUGUUUAUUACACGGAUACGUUGUCUAUGAUGUUUUUGUUAGCAUAUACUAGAUUAUGUAUCGGAAAUAGUAAUAAAUUUUUCAUACUUGUCUUUGGUUUAUGUUGCGUUUUGAUGAGACAGACUAAUAUAGCAUGGAUUUUUAUGAUUUUUAUGCAUAGAAAUAUUGAUGUAUUUAUAAAAAGCUCACGUGUUUAUGGUAAUAAAUAUUUGAAUAUGUUAAAAUUACAGAAGAAAUCUUUAUUAGCGCAAGAAAUUGAUAGAACCAAGUUGAAAAGAUAUUACGAUUUCAAUGAUUUGUUUAUAGCUGUUAAAUAUCAUAUUAAUACGUAUAUGUUGACAUUUUUUAAGCUAUUAUCUUGGUCUGAUUUUUUAUUUAUUGCAACACAAUUAAUUUUACUUGUACUAUUUAUAUGUUUUGUUGUUUUUAAUAACGGUAUUGUCCUCGGUGAUAGAAGUGCACAUCAAGCAUCAAUUCAUGUGCCUCAGAUUUUCUAUUUUUUAUUAUUUUAUGGUGUUUUUGGAUUACCAUAUGUUUUGGCGAAGUUAAAAUCAACGUUAAAAAUGUUAUUUUCUAAUAAGAUUUUAGUAGUAUUGUUAGUUGGAGUAUUUGCUUUCUUUGUUCAUUAUAAUACAGUUAUACAUCCUUAUUUAUUAGCUGAUAAUAGACAUUAUACGUUCUAUAUUUGGAAUCGAUGGUACGGGAAAUAUAAUAACGCUAUAUAUUAUACUAUACCUAUAUAUGUUUUUUUAAUUUUCAAUUUAUAUGAUAAUUUAAAAAAUCAAAAUUGUAUUUCUUUUCUAAUACCUUAUUCUGUUAGUACUUUUACGGUUUUAACGUUACAAAGAAUGAUAGAAGUAAGGUAUUUUUUGGUACCGUAUAUAAUUUUGAGAUUGCGAUUUGUACGUCCGUCUUAUAAAAUAGUUUUGAUGGAAUUUGUAUGGUAUAUGUUAUUAAAUGUAGUGACUAUUUAUAUAUUUUUCACAAAAGAGAUUUAUUGGAAGGAUUUUGAUUAUGCCCAAAGAAUUAUUUGGUAA